UAAUCCUUACUCAUCGAUCUGUAAUUGGCUGGAGUGGGGGUCCCCGCCCCCAAGCUCCCGCAACCUGCGCGGCGUAGGGGCGACUCCACCUGGGGACUGAGGCGUCAGGGGCUGUGCGCGCGAGGAGGUUUGGGCCGGUUCGCCCGCCGUCGCUCCGUCCCGGCUGCGGAUUGGCCCGGCGCGGCGUUGAUUCUUGCGGCCGCGGCUGACGUCAGCGCCCCCGUCCUGCCGGCUGCCCAUUGGUCCAGAUCGGGCCCCAAUCACCCCACCCCUCGACUGGCCCGGGCACAGCUGAGGCCGACCUGGUGAGCCCGCCCUCCCCGCCGUGGAUUGGCCCGCGGCGGGACCCGUCUGUCGCGGUUGUGUCUGGGAAGGAGAGAAAAUGGCGGCGGAGCCGAACAAGACCGAAAUCCAGACCCUUUUUAAGAGGCUUCGCGCAGUUCCAACCAACAAGGCCUGUUUCGACUGCGGCGCCAAGAAUCCGAGUUGGGCCAGCAUCACGUAUGGUGUUUUCUUGUGCAUUGACUGUUCCGGGGUGCACCGCUCCCUGGGCGUCCAUCUGAGCUUCAUCAGGUCCACAGAGUUGGAUUCCAACUGGAACUGGUUCCAGCUGAGGUGUAUGCAGGUCGGCGGGAAUGCCAAUGCGACGGCUUUUUUCCGCCAACAUGGAUGCACAGCCAAUGAUGCCAACACCAAAUACAAUAGCCGAGCUGCCCAGAUGUACCGGGAGAAGAUCCGGCAGCUGGGGAGUGCGGCCCUGGCUAGGCACGGCACUGAUCUUUGGAUAGACAACAUAAGUAGUGCCGUCCCUAAUCACUCCCCGGAGAAGAAGGACUCUGAUUUCUUCACAGAACACACUCAACCUCCUGCCUGGGAUGCGCCAGCCACUGAGCCUUCAGGGACCCAACAGCCAGCCCCGUCUGCAGAGAGCAGUGGCCUGGCACAGCCGGAGCAUGGUCCCAACACAGACCUGCUUGGCACCUCACCCAAAGCCUCACUGGAACUGAAAAGCUCCAUCAUUGGCAAGAAGAAGCCAGCAGCAGCUAAGAAAGGGCUGGGUGCCAAGAAAGGCCUCGGGGCCCAGAAGGUGAGCAGCCAGAGCUUCAGUGAGAUUGAGCGGCAGGCCCAGGUAGCAGAGAAGCUCCGUGAGCAGCAGGCAGCCGAUGCCAAGAAGCAGGCGGAGGAGUCCAUGGUCGCCUCCAUGCGUCUGGCCUACCAGGAGCUCCAGAUUGAUCGUAAGAAAGAGGAGAAGAAGCUACAGAAUCUGGAAGGGAAGAAGCGAGAGCAGGCAGAGAGGUUGGGCAUGGGCUUGGUAUCCCGAAGUGAUGCUAAUGUCUAUUCACUGGUCUCAUGGCCUGGCUCUGCUUUGCUGCGCAGCUCUGUCUCCCACUCCGUGCUGUCUGAGAUGCAGGUGAUCGAGCAGGAAACCCCAGUGAGUGCAAAAUCUUCUCGCUCUCAGCUGGACUUGUUUGACGAUGUUGGUACUUUCGCCUCUGGACCCCCAAAGUACAAGGACAACCCCUUUUCCUUAGGGGAAAGCUUUGGUUCCCGCUGGGAUACAGAUGCUGCCUGGGGUAUGGACAGGGUAGAGGAGAAGGAGCCAGAAGUGACCAUCUCAAGCAUCCGGCCUAUUUCAGAAAGGGCCACAAACCGGAGGGAAGCGGAGAGCCGGAGCUCAGGCCUCGAGUCUAGUGAGGCACGUCAGAAAUUCGCAGGAGCCAAAGCCAUCUCAUCUGACAUGUUCUUUGGGCGGGAGAUGGAUGCGGAGUAUGAGGCCAGGUCUCGGCUGCAGCAGCUCUCAGGCAGCAAUGCCAUCAGCUCUUCAGACCUCUUUGGGGACGUGGAUGGAGCUCACGGAGCAGGAAGUGUAUCUCUGGGGAACGUGCUGCCUACAGCGGACAUUGCCCAGUUUAAGCAAGGUGUCAAGUCUGUGGCCGGGAAAAUGGCUGUGCUGGCCAAUGGUGUGAUGAAUUCCUUGCAGGAUCGCUACGGUUCCUACUGAUCCAAGCUCUGUGACUCAGGCUUACGGUGGUAACUGCAACAAGAACUCCACAGUUCCCAGGCUGGGGAUGCUUUGCCUUGUGGAAGCUGGGGAGGAUUUGUUACUUUGUAUGUGUGGUGUGUGUGUGGAGUGGUCUUCGAGACGCUCACUCAUGUGAGGGGAAUGGUCAGUACCAGCCUUUGUCCUCUGCCUGUGGACUGAGCCCUUUAUUCCCUCUCACACCACCCUCCGUGUGUUAGACUCUUGUCCUUCUGUCCUGCCCCCACAGCUGCUGCUCACUUGUCCUGCCACACUGGGAGAGGGGGUUCCCCCAGGAUGGCUUAUUCUGGGUCCAGCCUUUCCUCAAGUAGGGAAAGUGGAAGGUAGAAGGCUUUUUUGCUGGCUCUAGGGUUCUUCUGGUUCAAGGGCUUGGGUCUCCAUCCUCUGGAACCAUGGGGAGGCCUGGAAGGAGUUCACUGUAGACCCAUCCCCUGGGGAAAGAGGCUGCGGACUUGCUGCUGCUGCUGCCAGUGGCCUCUUCUGGGUGCCAGGAGAGGGCGAAGGAGGGAAAGGCCCUUUUGGGCAUUACCAAGGACAGGAAACUACCUGGUACCUAAAGGUUUCAUUUGGGAUCAGACUGGAGACCCACGGGUUCUCCCGUCUCACCACCCCUUUGUACAGUAAGCACUUGGAAGAUUGUCUCAGGGUCCCUCUGUACCAUCUGCUGUGGACCACAGGACCUUCUGCAACAUUCUCUGUCCCUUCAUCCCCUGGUUGGUGGCCAUGGAGGGUCUUGUCUGCUGUGAUUUGACUCUGGAGGCUGUGAGCUUGAUGCUGGCCAGGGAAGCAGAGGAUGUGAGGGGCAGAGGCAAGCUCUUGGGGCUGAGCUCCUUCCUCUGCAUCAUUCUGGGCUUGGGGGGCCUGGACAGCACCCGCCAGUGAGAGCUGCGGGCCUCACCCUCUGGCAUCUGAGCCAAGCACUGUGUCAUUCUUGGUGCCAUCUUCCCCGCCGCACCGGCAGUCUCAGCCCAGCCCCUACCUUUGGGUUGUAGGUUGGGCUCCCAAGCAACACAGACCACUCUUCCCCUUGCCCCUCCCCCAGAGGGACAUGACUUUCUUUCUGGACUGUUUAUAUUGAAACAAAGUGGUGUCAAAAUAAAGCCCCCGCAGGGCCUUGCUCCCUGUUGGUCUGAGUGAA